UUUACGACGGCGGCGCUCGGCGGCCCCGCUGUCGCGCGGCGCUGACGCAGAAAGGGCGGGCCGGGGCUGCGUGAGGCCUCUUUCCUCGCCUGCUGCCGCCGCCGCCUCAUCAUCCUCAUCAUCAUCCGCUGCCAUCGGCGCCGUGACGGGGCCCCGCAGAAGUUUAAAAAAAUGGCGAAGUUUGUGACACCCGUGAUCCAGGACAACCCCUCCGGUUGGGGCCCGUGCGCCGUGCCCGAGCAGUUCAGGGACAUGCCCUACCAGCCCUUCAGUAAAGGAGACCGCCUGGGGAAGGUGGCUGAUUGGACAGGAGCCACAUAUCAAGAUAAAAGAUAUACAAACAAGUACUCGUCACAGUUUGGUGGCGGAAGUCAAUAUGCCUAUUUCCACGAGGAGGAUGAGACUAGCUUCCAGCUGGUGGAUACAGCACGAACGCAGAAAACAGCGUACCAGAGGAAUCGUAUGCGAUUUGCACAGAGGAACCUCCGGAGAGACAAGGACCGUCGGAACAUGCUGCAGUUCAGCAUGCAGACGCUGCCGAAGAGUGCCAAGCAGAAGGAGAGAGAUCGUUUGCGCCUACAAAAGAAGUUUCAGAAGCAGUUUGGAGUGAGGCAGAAAUGGGACCAAAAAUCACAGCAGAAGCCUCGUGACUCCUCUGUUGAAGUUCGCAGUGAUUGGGAGGUGAAAGAAGAGAUGGAUUUCCCUCGGCUGAUGAAGAUGCGCUACCUGGAGGUGUCGGAGCCACAGGACAUAGAGUGCUGUGGAGCCCUAGAAUACUAUGACAAAGCCUUCGACCGCAUUACAACAAGGAAUGAGAAGCUACUGAGGAGUAUUAAGCGCAUCUUCCAUACCGUCACUACUACUGAUGACCCAGUUAUCCGAAAGCUGGCCAAGACCCAAGGGAAUGUGUUUGCCACAGAUGCCAUCCUGGCCACACUGAUGAGCUGCACUCGCUCCGUCUAUUCCUGGGACAUCAUUGUCCAGAGAGUUGGAUCCAAGCUUUUCUUUGACAAGAGGGACAAUUCAGAUUUUGACCUCCUGACAGUGAGCGAAACAGCCAAUGAACCCCCCCAGGAAGAGGGCAACUCCUUUAAUUCUCCACGCAACCUUGCCAUGGAAGCUACCUACAUCAAUCAUAACUUCUCGCAGCAGUGUCUGAGGAUGGGAAAGGAGAAAUACAAGUUUCCCAACCCAAAUCCCUUCGUGGAGGAUGACAUGGAUAAAAAUGAAGUAGCCUCUGUUGCAUACAGAUACCGAAGGUGGAAGCUGGGAGAUGAUAUAGAUCUCAUUGUCCGCUGUGAACAUGACGGAGUGAUGACAGGAGCUAAUGGAGAAGUGUCAUUCAUCAACAUCAAAACACUGAACGAGUGGGAUUCCAGGUAUUGCAAUGGAGUAGAUUGGCGCCAGAAGCUUGACUCUCAGAGAGGAGCUGUGAUUGCCACCGAGCUGAAAAACAACAGCUACAAAUUAGCCCGCUGGACAUGUUGCGCGCUGCUGGCUGGAUCAGAAUAUCUUAAACUCGGGUACGUAUCUCGUUACCAUGUGAAGGACUCUGCCCGCCACGUGAUCCUGGGCACGCAGCAGUUCAAGCCAAAUGAGUUUGCCAGCCAGAUUAACCUCAGCAUAGAGAACGCCUGGGGCAUCCUGCGAUGCGUCAUCGACAUCUGCAUGAAGCUGGAUGAGGGGAAGUACCUCAUCCUCAAGGACCCCAACAAGCAGGUGAUCCGGAUCUACAGCUUGCCUGACGGCACCUUCAGCUCUGAUGAAGAUGAGGAGGAUGAGGAGGAAGAAGAGGAAGAGGAAGCAGGGGUGGGGGAGAGGACCCAGGUCCAGAGCACCGACUGGGAAAACGAAGCCUGCCAAGGAGCCCUUCGUUCAACGGCCCCAGGAUUUGGGGGAGUGGAGGAGGAGAGCUGAACCCCGCGGGCUGAGCUGCGCCUUCGCACCCGCCUCUUCUGCAGAGAAAUCAUGAAGUGGGGCGGGGGGGGGAGGCGGAGAAAGCCCAAUAAAGUCACUUUUGCUCA